UCAGCUGGUGGUGUGAUGAUGACAUGUUGAUGCAGUGUUCAGUUCGUGCUGCAGGUUUGUUCGGUCGGACCACUUUUCUGACGUUUCUUCACCGCCGACGGCGAACGAUCGAUCGGGAACCACAGUGUGCCGUGUUGGCAGAGCCCUGCAGGAGCGCCGAGCGUACGAUACAGAUAAAGUAAGACUUACAAUCAGAAGACAAGAUGUCAGCAAAGGCGAUCCUUGAGGCUGCUGGUAAGGGUCUCCUGAACGCCAACUUGGCGGGGGCUGGGAUGGUGAAGAACAGGAUCGCUACUGUCAACAGCGAAACUGACUGGGACUUCCUUGUCGCUUCAAACCCAUGGAUGAGCACAGAGCGUCUUGUUGCCAAGCCAGACCAGCUGAUCAAACGGCGGGGAAAACUUGGGCUCAUCAAGGUCAACGCGACCUUGGACGACGUCAAACAGUGGGUCAAUGAAAGGAUGAACAAGGAGAUGAAGAUUGGGAAGUCGACUGGUUUGCUGAAGAAUUUUGUGAUUGAGCCGUUUGUACCCCACAAGCAGGAGGAAGAGUUCUAUGUGUGUAUCUACGCUCACAGAGACGGGGAGACCAUCCUGUUUCACCACGAGGGAGGGGUGGAUAUUGGGGAUGUGGAUGCCAAGGCUGUUAAGUUAGAGGUACCAAUCGGGGAGACACCAUCCCUGGAGGAUCUGCAGAGGAAACUUGUCCACAAUGCACCUGCACCCAAACAGCCUGUCCUGGCACAGUUCAUCUCCAACCUGUACACAGUCUACACAGACCUGUACUUCACAUACCUGGAGAUCAACCCACUCGUUGUAACCGAUGAGGGUGUGUACAUCCUGGAUCUGGCAGCCAAGAUUGACCAGACAGCAGAGUUCAUCUGUAAGGCUAAGUGGGGGGAGCUGGACUUUCCUCCACCGUUCGGGAGGGAAGCCUACCCGGAGGAGGCAUACAUCGCAGAUCUUGACGCCAAAAGUGGUGCCUCCCUGAAACUGACCAUCCUCAACCCAAAAGGCCGGAUCUGGACCAUGGUAGCUGGAGGUGGAGCUUCAGUCAUAUACAGUGACACCAUCUGUGACCUGGGUGGUGCCUCAGAGCUGGCGAACUAUGGAGAGUAUUCAGGCGCCCCCAGCGAAGGGCAAACUUACGAGUACGCCAAGACAAUCCUGUCACUGAUGACUCGGGAUCAACAUCCAGAAGGCAAGGUGCUCAUCAUUGGUGGUGGAAUUGCCAACUUCACAAAUGUGGCAGCCACGUUCAAGGGUAUAGUGCGAGCUCUGAAGGACUACCAGGCUAAGCUGAAGGAGUACAAUGUGACUGUGUUUGUCAGGAGAGGAGGACCUAACUACCAGGAGGGGCUGCGCAUCAUGAGGGAACUGGGCCAGCAUAUCGGCAUCCCGCUGUACGUGUUCGGAACAGAGACCCACAUGACGGCGAUUGUUGGCAUGGCGCUGGGAAAACGACCAAUCCCUGACGAGCCUGAGGACCACAAGACCACGGCCAGCUUCCUGCUGUCUGGCAGCAGCAAGUCUACAGCGACCCCACCGAUCAGCCGUACAGGUUCCGUGUCUGACGGCAGCAGCAGUCCCCUGCCCGGCUCCAGGAAGAUGAGACAUCCCAGUAAGGACGGCUUCGGCAGCGCUGCAGCCAAACCUGCCAAACCACUCUUCACUGAGAGCUCUAAGGCUAUAAUCUGGGGCAUGCAGAACCGUGCCGUGCAGGGCAUGCUGGACUUCGACUUCUGCUGUAGCAGGAAGACUCCAUCAGUCGUGGCCAUGACUUAUCCUUUCAGUGGUGACCACAAACAGAAGUUCUACUGGGGACACAAGGAGAUCCUCAUCCCUGUGUACAAGAACAUGGAUGACGCCAUGACCAAGCACACAGACGCUGACGUCCUCAUCAGUUUUGCCUCCCUGAGAUCAGCCUACGACUCCACUGUGGAGGCUCUGCAGUACUCACAGAUCCGUACUAUUGCCAUCAUUGCUGAGGGCAUUCCAGAGGCAAAAACCAGGCAGCUGAACAAACUGGCCUCAGAGAAGGGAGUCACCAUCAUUGGACCUGCCACGGUUGGAGGCAUCAAGCCGGGGUGUUUUAAGAUUGGGAACACAGGCGGCAUGCUGGAUAACAUCCUGUCCUCCAAACUGUACCGGCCGGGCAGCGUGGCGUACGUCUCGCGGUCAGGAGGGAUGUCCAACGAGCUGAACAACAUCAUAUCCAGGAGGACCAACGGGGUGUACGAGGGCGUGGCCAUCGGUGGGGACAGGUACCCAGGAACCACCUUCAUGGACCAUCUCAUCCGCUACAACAGUGAGCCUGAUGUCAAGAUGCUGGUGUUGCUGGGAGAGGUUGGAGGAACAGAGGAGUACAAGAUCUGUGAAGCCCUGAAGGACGGCACCAUCACCAAACCCAUCGUGGCCUGGUGCAUCGGAACAUGUGCCAGCAUGUUCACCUCAGAGGUCCAGUUUGGCCAUGCCGGCUCCAGCGCCCACAGUGACAUGGAGACUGCACUGGCAAAGAACAAGGCCCUGGCCAGCGCGGGGGCGUACGUUCCAACCAGCUUUGACGAGCUCGGAGAGAAAAUCCAGGAGGUGUACGAAUUCCUGCGGGAUGAGGGCAUCAUUGUGGAACAGCCCGAAGUCCCCCCUCCAACUGUGCCAAUGGACUAUUCCUGGGCUAGGGAGCUUGGACUGAUCCGUAAGCCGGCAUCCUUCAUGACGUCCAUCUGUGACGAGAGAGGCCAGGAGCUGCUGUAUGCAGGCAUGCCCAUCUCUGAUGUGUUUAAGGAGGACAUGGGCAUCGGAGGGGUGCUGUCACUUCUGUGGUUCCAGAGGAGACUGCCAGCGUAUGCCUGUAAGUUUAUAGAGAUGUGCCUGAUGGUGACAGCUGACCAUGGCCCGGCUGUGUCAGGGGCACACAACACCAUCGUGUGUGCUCGGGCCGGCAAGGACCUCAUCUCAUCACUGUCCUCAGGACUGCUCACUAUCGGAGACAGGUUUGGAGGUGCCCUGGACGCUGCAGCCAAACAGUUCAGCGAAGGAUUUGACAGCGGCAUGAUCCCCAUGGACUUCGUCAACCACAUGAGGAAGAAGGGAAAACUCAUUAUGGGCAUCGGACACAGGGUCAAGUCGAUAAACAAUCCAGACAUGAGAGUUGUGAUCCUGAAGGACUAUGUCAAACAGAACUUCCCAGCUACACCCCUGCUGGACUAUGCACUAGAGGUGGAGAAAAUAACAACAUCAAAGAAACCCAACCUGAUCCUGAAUGUUGAUGGGUUCAUUGGUGUGGCCAUGGUGGAUCUGUUCAGGAAUUGUGGGGCUUUCACGAGGGAAGAAGCCAAUGAGUAUGUGGACAUCGGAGCUCUGAAUGGGAUAUUUGUCCUCGGUAGGAGUAUGGGCUUCAUUGGUCACUUCUUGGACCAGAAGCGAAUGAAGCAGGGUCUGUACCGUCAUCCCUGGGACGACAUCUCCUACGUUCUCCCAGAAAACCUCAACAUGUGAAGUUUUUGUAAUAUUUGACAGGUUUCUUUACGUUUACUUUUGUUAAAGAAAAAUGACAGUGAUAGAAAUAUUGCUCUUAUCGAUAUAUCAUGCACACUUUUCUGAUUCUCUCUCUUGCCAUGUCCUCCAUUCUAGGAGCCUUUUGUCAAACUCCCUUUAUACAAUGCUAUAGCAUGACUUUGAGCAAGACACAAAGCCAAAUCUUUACAAAGGUGAUAUAGCAAGAGGCAAAAUAGAAAAAGUGGACAUUCCAGAUUUAAACUUUCCCACCUAUUUUGGAAAGUAAAAUUGAUGAAUUGUGUUUAAAAUGAUGUUUAAAACUGUUACAGUAUGCCUUGCUGGUGGCUCUUGGCAUAGUAUCUAAAGCAAGAAGGAGAAUUUUAAGGUAUCUGAGGUACUGAAAAAGACAGUCUUGGGCACAUACAUGUACAUGUCUGUACUGAGACAGGGCUAAAACUAUGUCAGUUAAAGCCAGAUAGAUACAGAUAAUUUACUGUUUGAUACAGACUCUCCCUUGAUUGUUUUGUAUUGUCUUUAAUUGGUGGUUGUACCAUUAAUUCUAAUCCAAGAGGCUCAGCUC